CUACUGAAUGGCUAUGAAUUAAGUAACAAAGGUCACUCAGUGCUAUUUCACAAACCAGAAGAAAAAGAAAGUAAAGAAAGAUGGGAGCUUGUUGCUUCAAAUCCAGUGCAGUACUAGAGACUAGUGAAAGGGAAAGUCCUCAAGAUGAGCUAGCUCUCAACUCCCUCCCAACUAGUGAUACAAGCAAUGAUCCUGAGCAAACCAUUGGUGAGGUGACAUCAAAAGAGGAUGCUACCAAAAAUCAGCCAGAAGCUAAGGGUAGCAAUGAUAGCAGUCUCACUGAGUCAGUCCCACCCCUUGAGCAUGAUGAUGAUGAAUACUUGGUGGUUGAAGAUAAGAAGAAUGAGGAUGAGCUUAGGGAGGAGCAGACCAUCAUCUCUCCACUACCUUCACCAUACCAAACCUACCCAUUCACUGUCGAUGAGCCAGAACCAGAACCAGAGGAAGAGCCUGAGCCUCAAGUAGAAGACAAAAGCAUUGAAAAACCCACAGAAAAAGAGGAAAUCCCACAAGAAGAGGUAAUGCCCCAAGAAAAGGAAAUUCAACAAGAAGAGGCUACAGCUUUGGAGGUCAUUGCUAAAGAUGAGAGUCUUACAAGAGGAGAGCUGGUCCUUUCCAGUUCACUCAUUAGCUAUGACAUCAUAUCUGAAGUUGAUCCAAAGUCGCUUGAUGCUAGAUCCAAGAAAGUGAAUGUUACUGAGAAAAGCAAUGGUAGCAACAAAAAUGAAGACGUUACUGCCCCAGAGCAACCUGAAGAACAGAAGUACACCAGUUUCAAAAAGGACACGAUGAGCAAUAAGAAAAAUGCUGAGGAUAAGUACAAAACAGAAGUAGUUCGCAUUGAGGAUGAUGAGUUUGUUAGUGUCGAAUAUAAGUGAACUAAUGAAGCCAUUUAGUUAUAUUAAUGCACACUAGUUGUUAUUUCACACAUUAACAUGCACAAACAAUGUAUAUAACAUAUCAUGCUCAAGCUAAAUUUUCUGUUAUAUAAUUUUAAUGCAAUUUUGUUUGAAUCACAGUCUGCUAUUGUCAAAUUUUUAAAUGACACAUUGAUUUUUGUUAUUAUUUCCAUUGUGUUGUUGGAUUUUUUGUGCUCUUUAAUAUUGUUCUAUUUUUAA